CCCCUCUCCCUCUCUCUCUCACACAUCAACAAGAUUAAUUAUUACACGCAGUCAAAAUGCAGGCUCAACCGUUAAUGUAAUAAUGUAGUUGUUAUGUCUCUUAUUCUAGCUAAAAUAGAUGGAUGGAUAAAUUGAUGUAGAACUAUCUUAGAGUAAAUAGGUCACAUUGUCAUAGCUUCACCAAACAGCUGCAAGCUAACAGAAGCUUUCGCGCAGGGUACAGUGCAGUGCAGCUGGCUCACUCACGCAGCUAGCUAACGAUACAGCUGUUGGCCACACUGUUUACAGACGGCAACGUUACCGGACAAGGGGGAGCAAAUGAACGAGCUGGUGAAGAGUUUACCCUCCCCGACUCUCCCGGGGCUCCACCUGCCGUGUGCGGAUACCGGUAGUUACAAAGGCUGGCUCUUUAAAUGGACCAACUACCUUAAAGGUUACCAGCGGCGGUGGUUCGUCCUUAGUAACGGCCUGCUGUCCUACUACAGGACUCAGGCAGAGAUGGCACACACCUGCCGAGGCACCAUUCCUUUGGCUACAGCAUACAUUGAGGUGGGUGACACCUGCCAUUUGGUGUUAACUAGUGGAGGCCGAAACUACCACCUGAAGGCCACUUCUGAGGGAGAGUGUCAGCGAUGGGUCUCAGCCCUGCAGCAAGCUAAGGCCAAUUCCACUCUUAUGAUGCAUCAUUCAGAUGAUUCAGGAGAUGAAGGCCCUUUGCCUCAGGAGGACCGAGUCCUAACCCAAGGGGUGCUCAAGACUCUGGCCAGCAAGCUAGAUGACCUGAGCACCUGUAAUGAGCUGAUAGGAAAGCACGGCGCCGCCCUCCAGCGCUCCCUCAGCGAACUUGAGGAACUGCGUGGCUCGGCUGACAGCACAGACAGAGUGAAAUCCGUUAAUGAGCGAGCCACCCUUUUCCGGAUCACCUCCAAUGCUAUGAUCAAUGUUUGUCGUGACUUUCUGGACGUAGCAGAAUCUCAAAGCCGGAGGUGGCAAAAGACCCUGCAGUAUGAGAGAGAGCAGCGUCACCAUCUGGAGGAGACCAUCGAACAGUUAGCCAAACAGCACAACAGCUUAGAGAGAGCCUGGAAGGAGAAUCCCACCUCAUAUACAGGUGUGGAGCGGUCUCAGGAGGGGGACGCGAGUGACGAGAAUGAAGAGGCGGAGUUCUUCGAUGCCAUGGAGGACUCAUUCAUAACUGUGACUGAUAGUGGCAACAUACAGCACAAGCGCUCAGGAAGUAAUCAGAGUAUGAUGAGCGGAGGAAUAUCCAAUGACUGGACUCACAAUGAGAAUGACAGCUCAGGCACCAACCACAUGCAGCUACGAAGAACAAGACGCAGUCGCAUUCCUGACAAACCCAAUUAUUCCCUUAACCUGUGGAGCAUCAUGAAGAACUGUAUUGGCAAAGACCUGUCCAAGAUACCCAUGCCUGUAAACUUCAACGAGCCGUUGUCGAUGCUGCAGCGACUGACCGAGGAUCUGGAGUACAGCGAGCUCCUAGACCGGGCGGCUCGCUGUAGCUCCACUCUGGAGCAAAUGUGCCUGGUGGCGGCCUUUUCUGUCUCCUCUUACUCCACCACAGUCCAUCGUACAGCCAAGCCCUUUAACCCUCUGUUGGGGGAGACUUACGAGCUGGACCGACUGGAGGAGUAUGGUUAUCGCUCCAUCUGUGAGCAGGUCAGUCAUCACCCACCAGCCGCUGCCCACCAUGUGACGUCACAGCGAGGAUGGACCCUAUGGCAGCACAUCACUAUUGAUAGCAAGUUUCGUGGGAAAUACAUUUCUGUCAUGCCAUUAGGAAACAUUCACCUGCAGUUCCACUCAAGCGGAAACCACUAUGUUUGGAGCAAAGUGACUUCAACGGUGCACAACAUUAUUGUGGGGAAACUGUGGAUUGAUCAGUCUGGGGACAUUGACAUUGUAAACAACAAUACCAAGGAAACCUGCCGUCUCAAAUUCUCCCCCUACAGCUACUUCUCCAGAGAAGUCCCACGCAAAGUGACAGGAGUGAUAGAGGACAGAGAGGGCACAGCCCGUUACAUCCUGUCAGGAACCUGGGACGACAAGAUGGAGAGUGCCAAAAUAGUGGACAGCAGCCAAGGAUGCGGAGGCUCUGAAGGCAAACAAAAGACAGUUUAUCAGACCCUUCAGCCCAAACUGUUGUGGAAAAAAUAUCCUCUCCCAGAUAAUGCAGAGAACAUGCACUUUUUCUCCUCCUUGGCUCUGACUCUCAAUGAGCCAGAAGAUGGUAUUGCGCCCACUGACAGUCGUCUGCGGCCGGACCAGCGACUAAUGGAGGCAGGUGUGUGGGAUGAAGCCAACAUCCAAAAGCAACGUCUGGAGGAGUGUCAGAGGCUGGAGAGGAAAAGAAGGGAGGUGCAAGCCAAUCAGGCCCUGGAGGAAGGGCAAGACAUCGAAGGUUACCAGCCACUGUGGUUUGAGAAGAGGACAGAUGAUACAACGGGAGAAAGCACCUACAUCUACAGGGGCGGCUACUGGGAAGCCAAAGACAGACAGGACUGGAGCCAAUGCCCUGAGAUCUUCUAGGACAAAAGUUGCCCUUACACCGUGGCAUCAGACAGGCUGAGGGGUUCUUCCUGAUGUAAGGGUACUGCGUAAGUUAUGGAGAGUUGUGUGUAUCUGUGUGUAAGAGAGUGAGUAAACCAGCUGCUGAAAGUGGCCGUCACUCCCAGAUUUUCAAGCACAAACUAAGCUCUUGCUUCCACUUACUAAUCUACUCUCUUCUGCUCUAAAAAUUGUGUUUUCAGAAUGCAUGGCCUCAUUUUGUGUAAUGUGUGUACGCCUAUUCAGCACCAUAACGAAUAGAGUUCUAAUGUGUGUCUGCGUGGGGCUGAAACAUAGACAUGCUUUACAGAGAAAGGGUUUAUGCACCAAUGUACGUACACAUUUCAAUGGGUGUGUGUGAGGGAUAACUAUGGGGCAAGGAGGAGUGUCGCGGAAGUUC